AUGAAUUCGAAAUAAUUAGUAUCGCAGAUAUUGGAUUUGGAUGAAUACAAAGGAUAGAUAAAAUAGUUAGAAGAUAAGAUUGUAAGAUAGGAAUUAAAUAAAUAGGAGAGAUUGAGUUAAAAGAAUUAUGAGUUAAUACGUGAGAUAACUCAUUACCAAAUACAAUUAAGAGAUAAAGACUAAUAAAUUGAGUAAUUGUAAAGAGAGAAUGGUUCAUUACGUUUUGAAUUGCAAGUAUUAUGAAAUGAAAAUAAUAGUUAGCUUUGAAAUAAGAUGAAUUAUUUAGUGCAGUAUCAUUAGAUCGAUAUAAAAAGGUUGCUUAGACUAUUCAACCUUAAAGUAGUUAAAAUGUAUAAGAAUAUAGGAAAACGUAUCUUUGAGACUAAGAAGACUACUCUGCAUAUGAAUCACUUAAGUCCUAAGAAAUUUAAUAAUGAUUAAGAUGAAGUCAACAGUCCUUAAGUAGCAGAACUUAGAAAAUACAGUGAAGAUGAAUUACAUUAAGUUGUUGUCUAAGAAAUACAGGUUUAGGAUUAUAAUUAUGAAAAUCUAUCAAAAGUUGAUAAAAUUAUACAAAAAUAUUCAAAAAAGAAAUUGGAAUAAUGUAAAGGUGAAGUGGAUUCCAAUUUCAGUUCUUAAUAAUUAUUUCAUGAACCUAUUGCUAUUGAACAAGAAUUAUAAUCAUAACCAUAGUAGUAACAAUAAUAAUUAUAAUAAUAAUAAUAAAUUAAAUAACAUUCAUUAUUUGAAGAAUUUCUUAUUAUUAGUGUCUCUAAAUCAACUUUAAAUGGAUUGAAUACCAAUAUAUUAGAAACAAGAGAAGUUAACUUAAAACCAGAAAUUUUAUUUUAACAUUCAUCUGCUUAAUCAUGUUAUAAAGAAUAAUUAUUAUUAUUACCCUAAUAAAUACAUCCAUAUGGAUUAAAAGUUAAAUUAGAAGAGAAAACAUUAUCUAUGAGUAAUUUGAAUUCGUAAAUCAAUAUAUCAUAUAUUUAGAAUAUUAAUGGGAGGCCAAAGUUAUGAUAGAUUAGCAGGUGCUUAUGUUAUUACCAUGAAAUCAGAAUAAACAUUUAAUAACAAUAAUCUUAUUAAAAAUACAAUCUUAACUAAUCCAGAUAAUAUAAGUGAGUUGAUCUCUAUUACUAAUGUUAAUCAUUAAUUAUAUUGUGUUUGUGUUGAUGUGCCUGAUUUCUAUGAUUAUAAUGCUUCUAUUAAAAAUUCAAAAUUACAAAAGAAAUACUUUUAUUCACUCUCUAAAACUUAUUGUUUCAUUACAAAGGCUCCUAUUAUUGAUUUCUUUAUUGAAAUUAUCAAAAUUAUUAUAAGUAUUAAAUUUAUUCAUAUUUAAUACUAGAUACAUUAAAAUACAAAAAAGCAGAAAUCUAUUCAAUGGUAUCUGAAUUUGAAGAUACUUUAGGAAAUAUUGAUAACUCAUUCUAUACAGUAUUUAUUUUAUAUUCUAUAAGAAUAGUCAUUUAAACCAGAAUUAUUCAAUUUUUUAACAGAGUUACAGAAUUCAAAGUUAAUUAGUGAAUGUAAUUACUAAUUUUUAUAAACUCCAAUUAAACCACAUGUAAUUCAUUGUUAAAAUGUUGAAAAUUAUGAAAUAGAAUGGGCUAUAUCAUAUGCAUUUUCACAUUUAGAAUUACCUCAUUACUUAAUCCUAUUAAUUAAUAUGUUGUUAGAAUAGAAUAUUUGUAUAAUUAGUAGUAACCGUACUUUAUUGAGUUCAUUACUGUAAUUUUAAAUAUAAAUUAAAUAGUAUGAUAUUACCACAUAUGAUUAAACCUUUUUAAUAGAUACAUCCAAUAAUUUAUGCUUUAACAGCAUAAUUGAUGCCAAUCCUUGAUUCUCCUGUUCCAUUUAUUUGUGGAAUAAUAAAAGAUAAUGAAAAUGGAUUACAUAAUUUAGGUAUAGAAGAUAAUGAUUCAUUUUAUGAUGAAUAAUCUCAAGUUCUCUUCUUUGAUGCAAAUAAACUCAAAUUUUUUAAUUUAACAAAGAAUCUAACAGAAAGUUAAUUGUAUACUACUUUGUUUUAUAAACUAUUUCAAACUUACUAAUAAUUACGUCAAUAAAGUGUUCCUGGACAUUAUUUGGCAGAUAAUAAUGAAACAACAAUGAAUUUAAGUUUUCAAAUCCUAGAUGAUACCAAAACCUAUAUUUAGGAAAACAUACUUUCUUUGAUCCCAGAAGUUGAUGGAGAAAUUAACCUUGAUCAAAUUUAAUAGAAAAUACUUAAUUCAACUAAAGAUGAAAUUUUCAAAUAAAUAAUAAAAACUCAAAAUUUCUCUUACUAUGUCUAACAGAAAUUCUAUCCUUUAUGAUAUAUUUAUUAUUAUCUAUAGAGCAC